CCCGACACUUUCAAAGCUCCGACCUUUUUUCCCCAGCGGAGUCAUCAAGAAAACAGAUUAAAGCACCAAACUUGGAUCGUCAUUCCAUCAAACAUGAAACACCUUACUCUCUCUCUCUCUCUAAUACAAACAAACCACUGCCGGAUUAGUCUCUCUCGUUGAUGCCUCUAUUUUUACUGAAACCAUCCCCUUCUCGUUUACCCCGCCAUUUUUUAGUUCACUGUUCUCCCUCAACUAGAUGACAACAUAAACUCCAUUCCCAUCUCAUUUUUAAUCUCAAUUUCAUGGCAACAGCCACAUCUACUACUACUACUACUGCUACUUCUACUACUACUUCUCUGAGUUCUCUCAAAGCUCACACCCAUCAACCACCCCCCAAGCCCAGACGCUGCAACCCGACCCGGAAGUUCGACCCGCCGACGAUUAUCUCCUCCGAGAACUCCUGGUGCUGCCCUGCCUCCAAACCCAUCCCCUCCCAGACACAUUCCCGCCGCGGCGGACUACCCAUUGACCCUAACCCGGCUCAGAGCUACCCGUCUUCGAAUAACACUACCACUUUUUCUUCUUCUGCUUCUUCGCCGUCGUCGUCGUUCAGGAUCCGAUUCUCGCCGGGGAGCUUAUCCCCAGUGAUGGACUUCACUCCUUCUCCGACCAACGGCGGCCAGAACGACUCGUUCAACUCGAGCUUCACUCGUUUCAACAGCAUGCUCACAGCGGGCCUGCUCAACCCAAUGUCGCCGCCACCGCCGCCGCCGCGGUCCAGCCCCACCCUCUUCGAAAUGAUGGCCAGCGAGCCCGAAAUGGCCCACCCCAAACCCGCCCAGAUCCACCACAACGGCGUCGCCGCGCCGCCGCCGCCGCCGAGGACCCACGUGGCGGGUCUGGUCCCGGACAAGAAGGCCCUGAUGAUGCAGCGGGUUUCGGACCUCUUGAGUUGUCGGAGCCCCGGGAACCAGUUCAAUGACCCGACCAAUAGUGACAUCAAGCUGACGUUGAGCGCUAAAGACGGGUUCAGUGUGCAGAUGAGUCUGCACCGUCCGAUUCUCGUCGCGCACAGCAGGUUCUUCGCCGUGAAGCUCUCGGACAGGUGGGUCAAGCAGCAGAGGACGACGCCGUCUUCGUCGCCUCCGUAUAAUGUGGAGAUUGCUGAGUGUGAUGACGUGGAGGUUUACAUUGAGGCUCUGAGGUUGAUGUAUUGUAAGGAUCUGAGGAAGAGACUAAUGAAGGAGGAUGUUCCUAAAGUGCUUGGGAUUUUAAAGGUUUCUGCGGCAGUUGGGUUUGAUGCUGGUGUUUUAUCUUGUUUGGAAUACUUGGAGGCGGCGCCGUGGGCGGAGGAUGAAGAGGAGAAGGUGGCAUCAUUGUUGUCGGAGCUCCGGCUUGAAGGUGUUGGAGCUGGGGAAGUGUUGAAGAGGGUGUCGUUGGAAGUGGCUAAUGGGAAUGAGGAGGGGAAUGACAAUGAAGAAGUUUUAGUAAAGCUUCUGCAUGUGGUUCUUGAAGGAAAGGAUGAAAAGGCGAGGCGUGAGAUGAAAGGAUUGGUGACUAAGAUGCUUCGUGAGAAUUCAUCUCAUAAUGAACUAAGGAAAGAGUCAUUGUACUCGGCUUGUGAUGGGUGUUUGCAAUUGCUCUGCCACCAUUUUUCUCGGGCAGCAGAGUCGGACUUGAAAGAUGUGGGACAAAUUGCAAGGCAAGCGGAUAAUUUGCAUUGGAUUUUGGAUAUUCUGAUUGACAGACAAAUGGCUGAGGAUUUCUUGAAAACAUGGGCAUCGCAAACUGAGUUGUCUGAAUCACAUUCUAAAGUGGCUGCAGUUCAUAGAUACGAGGUUAGUAGAGUUACAGCUAGACUCUUUGUUGGUAUUGGAAAGGGGCAGCUGUUGGCUUCCAAGGAUGUGAGGUUCUUGCUUUUGCGUACAUGGUUGGUGCCAUUUUAUGAUGAUUUUGGAUGGAUGAGGAGGGCAUCAAGAGGCCUUGAUAGGCACUUGAUUGAGGAUGGUCUAAGCAACACAAUUCUUACCCUGCCUUUAGCGUGGCAACAAGAAAUUUUGCUCGCUUGGUUUAACCGGUUCUUAAACUCUGGCGAAGAUUGCCCAAAUAUACAGAGAGGAUUUGAAGUUUGGUGGAGGCGAUCCUUUUGGGGGCGGAAUGGGGAGCAGGAAAGACCACCACCAUUACGAAUCACAGCUGCAACCGUUGAGAAGUAAUAGAAGUUAACAGAGUCCUGUAUGCAGGAAAUGAUGCUCUACUGGUCUGUUUUUCUCUCUCUAUUUACCUCCUCCUGUUCACUGCAGUCUCAUUUAAUCUUAGUCGGUGAUAUUGUGGUCUUCUUACUAUCUAAACCAAGGUGGGAAUCCCCUGAUGAAAUUCUAGUUUGAUGGGAUGGACCCGGGGUGAGGUUGGAAAAGGCUAUAGAGACAAGUUAUAUUUGUUCAACUUUUGUUCUGUUUUGAGAUCAAAUUCAGAGAAUUGCAUGUUAAGUCCGGUUUGAUGGAAGUAUGAAUCUUCUUUGUUCAUGCUAAAUGGAAGUAUGGGACUGAUUUAUUAUAGUGAUUUUAUGUUGAAUGAGAUGAGAUAUUUCGCCUGAUGGUUCUACAUGGGGAGUUGCUUCUUCUAUACGGUUGUUUUUGAUGAUUUUAACAUGUAUAUUUGGUCAUAUCCUGGUUUCCGUAACUGAUUUUGGCCAUGUUACCAAUGUUAUGUUGUUCAAAAGUGCAGAAAAGAUGGUUUGAUUUGGUUGUUGGCAGUGGACGUGUCUCUUGAGAUGCACGUGUAUACUUGUUGAGAAGUAGUAUGUUCAAUUUAAAGGGAGAAAAAAACACCUUGCCCUUGUGGAGAUGUUGUGUUGCUCGUUUGUUGGUAGUGUGGAUAGGGUAGUCAGGAGGAUUUCAUAAUGGUGUUGGAAGUGAAGGAUCUGUG